AUGCUUGGCUGCCUCUUGGGCGUGCUCCUGCUGGCUGGGCGGUCCGCCGCCGCCGCCGGCCGCGUUCCCAGCGCUGAUGGCCUGCAAGGCCGGAAGCUGCUCCAGGACCCCGACGGCGCUCUCUCCAAUGAGCAGUGCUGCGCCGCCAUCCAGGAGGGCCGGCUGAUCAACUGCAUCUGCUCAGCCAGCCCCGGCGGUGACACCGGCACCGCCCAGACCGACGGCACCACCAAGGGCCAAGGCACCGCCGCCGCCAACAACGGCGGCAGCACCGGCGCUGGCGGAGGUGCCGAGGCAGCCCCGAUCGGGCAGGGCGUGAGGUGCCCCGAUGCAGAGGUGGUCCUGGAGCUGCACAACCGCCCCCGUCUGUCCCGCGGCGCCCAGCCCCUGCAGUGGAGCGAGUCGCUGGCCGCCGACGCGGCCGCCUGGAGCGCACAGUGCAACAGGGACAGCUUCGGCUACUCGGCCGGCGCCUGCGCCACCGGCAUGCAGUCAUGGCUGGAUGAGGAGGCCCUGUGGUCUGCAGACAACCCGGUCAACAUGAAUGCCGGCCACUUCACGCAGGUGGUUUGGAAGGCGACCACGCAGGUGCAGCGGUACAUUGAGGACGUGUGGGGGGGCAGCAUCUCUGCGGAGGCCUACACGCCUGCGUCGUUCCUGUGCGAUGUGCCCGAGCGCCGGCGCCGGGUAAGAGCAGCGUCAGCGUCUGCUCACGCGGCCUAUCAUAGCGGGGUGACUGUAACACCUAUCAAGGUUGGUGGGGUGGGGGAGCAGAGGCAGCACUCCGACCACGCAACGCUCCUGCUGGAGCUAGCAGCACCCCCGGCGGUACAGCGGGACAGCACGGCGCAGAAGGAGCACACCUCCGCACCCCCGCAGCAGCGCCAAUUCGAGCUGGGGACAGCUGAGCAGCUGGCAGCAGCUGUGGCGCUCCUCGCAGGCACGCAGAGGCAGCUGGAUGCCCUGGCAGCGGCAGCGGAGUCAGCGGCCAGCCCUGCAGCCCUGGAGCAGCUGGCAGCGGCAUUUGCUGAGCUCAUGGUGGAGACCCUGGAUGGCGCAGGCAUGCGGCAGCGCAGCAGCAACGGCGGCGCCCAGCGACCACACUCCCUCCCCCGCAGCCUACAACGGCAGUACGGCAUCCGCGACGCAAGAAGGGCGCAACGCAAUGCGGUGCAGCAGGCAGCUGUUGCGCAGCAACGUGGCAUCGGCCCUGAGCAGCAGGACGCAGCCCUGCGGCGGGAGCUGGACCUGCAGCAGCCAGCACCUGUUGACCUCGGCGAGCUGGGGGAAGCUGCGCAGCGCCGCCAGCUGGCGCAGCUCCAGGAGGCGCUGGCGAAGGGCGGCGCCAGCCGGCUGGAGCACUAUGUGCACAACGUGGUGGGCGCCCUCAACCUGGCGCCCGCCAUGUUUGGGCAGCGCGAGACCUACCUGGAUGCAGUACGGCGUCGGCAGGACCGCGAGGCGCUGGCGCAGCUGCGCACCGGGUCGCAUUGGGGCGCGGAAGAGACCGGCCGCUGGACGCGGCGCCCCCGAGAGCAGCGAGUCUGCCCCCACUGCCACGACGGCAUUGAAGAUGCCCCCCACAUGCUGCUCACCUGCCCCCUUUACGCCCCGCUGCGCCUCAACUUUCCUGACCUGUUUGCUGAGCCCCAUCCUCCCCACCGCUUCCUCCGCCAGAAACCGUGCCGCCUCGCCGCCUUUGCUGCCGCCUGUCACCAGCGCUGGCUGACCGCCACCGUUGCGCUGCCUGCAGUCCCGCCCUGA